CUCUCGCUUUAUCAGUCCUCAGGAUGGGCAAAUUGGAGGGAUUGAGGACGCUGCGCCGCCAACAAGAAUAAUUCACUCGUUUUCGGAGAGACGACACGACUAGCGGAUAUCUUGGCUCCACUAUGCAAUACGUUCGCCUGGGUCGAUAAUUUACGCUAUUUUUAGGAGCAGUUUGCAUUUAUUACAUGUGAAGUUCAAUGCUGGAAUAUAAUUUUUAGUACGGAAUGUUUUCUUGUGUUUGGAGCGUUUUUGUGUGUGAAGAACCUGCAGAGCAACUUUUGGAGCAAAUUACGCAUACGCAGAGGAUGGUGUUUACAUGUAGAGUGAAAGUUUCGCUCUGCGCUCUGUUGGGUCAUUAUUGUAUUACAUUUUUGUAUGUUUUCUGCUUUGCUAACUAUAUUCAAGAACAAAAUAGGUUUAAAGUCCUGGACUGCAGGAGAAAUGGCCAGCGAACUGAAACCACGGCUUUGUAUCAUGACAAAGAGUGAGAACGGGUAUGGGUUUCACUUGCACGGUGAGAAGGGGAAGAACGGCCAGUUCAUUCGCAAAGUUGAGCCCGCGUCGUCCGCCGAAGCUUCGGGGCUGCGCCCGGGGACCGUGUCAUUGAGGUGAACGGGGGAAAUGUGGAGAAAGAUACGCACCAUCAAGUGGUGCAGAGGAUCAAGGCGGUGGAGCAUGAGACCAGGCUGCUGGUGGUAGACCGGGAGACGGACGAGUACCUCCGCAGCCUGCGCCUCGUCUGCACCGAAGAGAUGGCUGUCCAUCUGGGGGGACCCACCUCGGUGUCCCCUGCCUCACCCCCAGCCUCACCACCCCCCUCCUCGCCCCCGGCCUCCUCGCACACAGCCAAGAGAGAGAACGGCUCUGUGUCCAAGCUGCCCACUACCCUGACCAGAGAGGUACCCAAGCCCACGCGAAGGUCUCCGUCGCGGGCCGCCAAGAAGGAGGCUCUGGCCCAUGUUAAUGCCCAUGCCCAGGUGGCGCGGACACCAGUGGACCCAUCGGAGCUGUUCCCCAGACUGUGCCAUCUGGUGCGGGCCGAGACUGGUUACGGCUUCAACCUGCACAGUGAGAAGUCCCGGCCGGGCCAGUACAUCCGCUCCCUGGACCCUGGGUCUCCAGCCGACCACGCCGGGCUCAGACCACAGGACAGACUCAAGGGCCACAUGUGCCUGGUUUAA